UAUGCUGCUGGUAGAGCUCAUCUUCUUUAGAGUAUGACUUAUGAUUAGUUAUUGUACAAAAGUGUACAUAUAUACUGUAUUGUAAAUAGAUAUAACGAUGCAGUCACGCGUGCUGUGUAGUGGCUCGGCAGCUGCCGUUGCAGCACGACGGCUCAGGAAUAUUUUGGGUCCCAUUGCGGGGAAAGGAGGUGGCGGUAGCCGUGGCCGCUGCUUUUUGCAGCAUGAGGUCAAACACAUAAACACAUCGUCAGGAGACAUCAUUAAAAUAGGUGACAUUACCUACCAUGUGAAACAACCUAAGAAUCCUGAACUUGUGCCUUUAAAUUAUACUUCUGAAGAGUUGCCUCAGUCAAUAGCACAACACUUAAGAUGGAUCAUGCAGAAAGAUCUUCUGGGGCAGGAUGUGUUUUUGAUCGGCCCACCAGGUCCUCUUAGACGUUCAAUUGCCAUGCAGUAUUUGGAGCUAACAAAGCGAGAGGUAGAGUAUGUGGCCUUAUCAAGAGACACCACUGAGACGGAUCUCAAGCAGAGACGUGAAAUUCGAGAUGGCACUGCAUUUUACGUUGACCAGUGUGCUGUACGUGCUGCAACAGAAGGGAGAGUUUUGGUUUUAGAAGGUCUGGAGAAGGCUGAAAGAAAUGUCUUGCCUGUUCUUAACAACCUAUUAGAAAACCGAGAGAUGCAAUUGGAGGACGGACGAUUCCUAACAUCCUCACAUCGAUAUGACAAGCUUCUGGAGGAACACACUAAAGAAGAGCUUGAUGCUUGGAAGAUUGUACGUGUUAGUGAAGAUUUCCGAGUCAUUGCCCUUGGGUUACCUGUCCCUAGAUACACUGGGAACCCUCUUGAUCCCCCUCUUCGCUCUCGUUUCCAGGCCAGAGAUAUAUAUUACCUUCCUUUUAAGGAUGAACUAAAGGUCCUGUAUGAUACAGGUCCAAAUGUUGCAGCUAAAAGGGUGAUGCAACUGUUGUCUUUUGCUACAACCCUUUGCUCUCAAGAAUCUGCUAGUCUUGGUCUACCAGAUUUCCCAGUGGAUUCCUUGCCAACUAUAGUAAAAAUUCUGAAUGUAUGUCCUUUGAUAUCUUCUCAACAAAUGAUUCAGAGGCUUUACCCAUACAAUCUAUUACUGGGAAAAGAUGGCAAAAUGGCUGUAGAAAAUGCUUUGAACAAAUUUGAACUUCUUGAUGCUCAUAAGAAUUCGGUAUCUAUGUCAACAGUCAAAGUGGAAAAAAAUUUUGGGCAGCUUUCCUAUCAAGCAGCAGUUACUCUUCAGAUUGCAAAUAAAACAGUCACAUUUCAGGUUCCAGCUGGAACAAGACCUUUGCGGUCCCUCACUGGAAGUCUGAGCUUCAUCAAAACAGACAGUCAUGACCAUUUGUUGGCAGAAAUAAUACAGUCACAUAUGGUCAAAGACAUGUGUCUAAUUGGUGCAAAGGGAUGUGGUAAAUCUGUGAUUGUGAAGGAAUUUGCAGAGAUUUUGGGCUACAAAAUUGAACCCAUUCUGCUGUAUCAGGAUAUGACAGCAAGAGAUUUACUCCAGCAAAGGUACACUUUACCUAAUGGAGACACGUCAUGGAGACCCUCACCUUUGGUUACAGCAGCUCAGGAAGGCAAACUGGUUAUACUCGAUGGUAUUCACAGAGUGAAUCUGGGGACUCUCUCUGUAUUGUCCAGACUUAUUCAUGACAGAGAGUUAACACUAUAUGAUGGAACUAGAUUAAUUCCAGCAGACCGGUACCAAACGUUAAAGGAGGUAUAUAAAUUAACAGAUGAAGAUAUGCAGAAAAGAUCUGUCUUUCCAGUGCAUCCUUCAUUCCGUAUCAUAGCUCUGGCAGAACCACCUGUAAUUGGAAGCAGCACCCAGCAGUGGCUAAGUCCUGAGAUGCUUACCAUGUUCCUGUUCCACAGUGUUAAGCCUCUAACCAUGAAAGAAGAAAAAGAAAUUAUUAAUGGAAUGACUCCAAAUGUCUCUGAAGAUACAGUUGAAAAAUUAUUGAAUUUAACACAUAAACUUCGUCAAACAAAGGACUCAACGGCUCAGUCAUUAGCCUCUUCUCUGUCUACAAGGCAGCUGCUUAGAAUUUGCCAUCGUCUUUCACAGUACCCAGAGGAGAACAUUGCACAUGCAAUUAACAAAGCUUGUCUCUCCAGAUUUUUACCAAACCUGGCAAGGUCUGCUUUGCAAAAAAAUUUGUUGGACUCUAGAAUUGAGGAGACUGCAGAAAGAUUAUCUAAACAAGAAGAACUGCAUUCCUCUCAUGAGAUAAAAGGUGGAACACUGAAAAUUGGAAAGGUCUCCAUCCCUGUCUAUGAUCCUGAUGAAAAGAUGAAAGUCCCUGAUGUUCUGUUUUAUGAAAAUGCCCAGCACAUGAUGAUAAUGGAGGACAUGCUGAAGGAUUUCUUGCUUGGAGAGCACUUGCUAUUGGUUGGAAACCAGGGUGUUGGAAAAAACAAGAUAGCUGAUAGAUUUCUCCAUCUUCUGAACAGACCACGAGAGUACUUGCAGUUACACAGAGACACAACAGUACAAACCCUGACUCUACAGCCCUCUGUUCGUGAUGGAAUUAUUGUAUACGAGGAUUCUCCUUUGGUGAAAGCAGUAAAGAUGGGUCAUGUGUUAGUCAUUGAUGAGGCUGAUAAAGCACCAACGAAUGUCACUUGUAUAUUAAAGACUUUAGUAGAAAAUGGUGAAAUGAUUCUAGCAGAUGGAAGAAGAAUUGUUGCAGAUCAAGCUUAUGCUGAAGGAAGACCUGAAGUGAUUGUGAUGCAUCCUGACUUCAGAAUGCUUGUAUUGGCUAACAGGCCUGGCUUUCCUUUUUUGGGAAAUGAUUUCUUUGGAGCUUUAGGAGACAUAUUUAGCUGUCAUGCAGUUGACAACCCUAAACCACAGUCAGAACUUGCCAUGCUGAAACAAUAUGGACCAGAUGUGCCUGACGCUGUGCUUCAGAAAUUAGUAGCAGCCUUUGGAGAACUGAGAGGGAUGGCGGACCAGGGGACCAUAACAUACCCUUACUCAACAAGGGAGGUUGUUAACAUUGUUCGACAUUUACAGAAAUUUCCUGAUGAAGGACUUUCAGAUGUGGUGCGGAAUGUUUUUGAUUUUGAUUCAUAUAACAAAGACAUGCGUGACAUCGUCAUUGGCACUCUCCACAAGCAUGGCAUACCGAUUGGAGCCAAACCAACCAGUGUGCAUCUGGCCAAGGAGUUACCUCUUCCAGAUUGUCAUCUCACUGGCUACUGGACAACAAAUGUGUCAGGAAUAUCUCCUCCCAAGCUGCUGUGCCCUGCAGAAACUCGCCACAUUGACAUCAAGGGUCCCAUCUUUUUAAGAAUUCAGAAGCAUCCAUUACAACGGAAAGAGUCUAGAGCUCUGAGCUUUACUGAAGAGCAAGCACAUUGGCAGAUCCCAAUGAAUGAAGUCAAUAUUGUUUGUGACAUCAUUACAGCUGACGAUACUAUUUAUGUGGCCACUUGCAAUCCAGUUUCACUGUAUAGCAUGAACAGACGUGGGGGUGCAGUACAUUGUAUGGACUUGUAUGAUGUCUUUCCAAGGGCUGUCAGUGGCAUUUGGCAACCAUUCAUAACUCUAGGUGCUCUUGGACACCCCCUUGAAAACCAGGUGGUCGUACAUGAGGAACAGAGCAAUGCUGUUUUACAUGUGGAUCUGCAGAGUGGAGCUGUUCGUCAACUUCUGCUAUCUCAGGACAUGCAAAGUUCAGCAAAGAAAGUUUCAUCUUGGUGGGCCAACAAGGAGGACAAGGGUGUACACAAAAUGUGUAGAGAGUUUUCCCAUAUGAACUGGCUUGUAUUUUAUAAGGAAGGCGGAUGCCACCUAGAUGUCCUGGAUGUGUUGGAGGGUAAAGUUCAUACCAUUUCACUUCCUAUCAACCUUGGAUCUGUUUAUCUUGUGGCUGAAGACCGUUGGCUGCUUAUUGAGCACAAAACCAAUCAAAAAUUUCUCCUGACUAAGCCAACACGCUUGGAUGGAGAAACUUCAUCCUCAUGUCAGCUUCAUAAAAUUACAGAGGACCCUGUUAGCACUGGCUUUGGUAUGAUCUCAGGCAUGCAGUGCUCAGAUCCACAUGAAAUUUCAAAAGAUCAACUGUCUUCUGAAAAUCUGAGUGCAGCCCUCGGACAAAAGAUUGUUUGUCCAAAUAGGAUUCUUUCAGAUGUUGAUAACUAUGCAACAAUUGUGAUUGGUUUCCCUGAUCUUAUGUCUCCCAAUGAAGUCUACAGUUGGAAGCGAAAGUCUCCCCUUACUGGAAGUAGUUCUGCCGAUAAAUUUUUUGCAGGGGGUCAUCCCAAUACUGAAUUGAAGAGGUCAAACUGUGUUAUCCUGCUUGGGUCUAACCAGAUUAUUCGAGCACUGCCAUCUGGAGAUGUACCUUUGAGUGACCUUUAUACUAAAGAUGCAAAGCCUGAGUUGACUGUUAGCUACCUUGAAAUAACAGAUUUGAAUUCAAAGAAGGUCAAAUACAUCGCGAUUCCAAGGCCUAGGUCUUUGUCUCCUUAUACCUCCUGGCUUUCCAAGAUUUCUGACACAGAUGUCUUGCUGGCAGCACUGGGUCAAGGAAGUGUAAUUACUGUGGAUAUGGGAGGCCAUAUGAGACUGUGGGAGACAGGAUUAGAAAGCCUCCAGCGUUCCCUGCUGGAGUGGAGAAAUAUGAUUGGACGAGAGGACGGAAGGCCUGUUCAGAUUACAGUUCAGAAGGACAGUGGUUUGGAUGUUAGCUCUCCUAAACAUGGAAAAGUUGACGCAAAUAAUGUGCCACACGUUGGUGGAAAUAUGUGGGCUGGAGGCACAGGAGGAAGAGAUACAGCUGGCCUUGGAGGAAAGGGUGGACCCUAUCGACUUGAUGCUGGACACCAAGUAUACCAGGUGUCACAGGCUGAGAAAGAUGCUGUUCCAGAGGAAGUUAAAAGGGCUGCCAGGGAGAUGGCUGAAAAAGCUUUUAAAGAAAGGUUAAAGGAAAUCCAGAUGAGUGAAUAUGAUGCAUCUACCUAUGAAAGAUUUUCUACUGCAGUAAAACACCAAGUGCAAUCUUUGAGGGUAAUUCUGGAUAGCCUCCAGGCUAAAGGAAAAGAGAGGCAGUGGCUAAAAAACCAGGCAGUUGGUGAAUUGGAUGAUGCCAAGAUUAUCGAUGGACUAACAGGGGAAAAAAACAUUUACAAGAGGAGAGGAGAGAAGGACCCAGAGCUUGGUACUCCACAACAGAAGCCAAAGCGUCUGCAGUUGUUGGUGGACAUUUCAGGCAGCAUGUACCGAUUUAAUGGUGUGGAUGGGAGGCUGGAGCGCUCCAUGGAGGCCGUGUGCAUGGUCAUGGAGGCACUAGAAGGCUAUGAACAAAAGCUUAAGUAUGAUAUUCUUGGACAUUCAGGAGAUGGAUUCAAUAUUGAGUUGGUCAGAUGUGAUAAAAUCCCCAAGAACAAUAAACAGAGAUUAGAGGUUCUCAAGAUAAUGCACGCACAUUCACAGUUCUGCAUGAGUGGAGACUACACCCUGGAAGGAACAGAGCAUGCAGUCAAAGAGAUUGUUAAGGAAGAGGCUGAUGAAUACUUUGUCAUAGUGUUAAGCGAUGCUAACCUGGAGAGAUAUGGCAUCAGCCCAUCACGAUUUGCACAAGCAUUGACCACUAAUUCCCAAGUAAAUGCCUUUGCAAUAUUUAUAGGCUCACUUGGAGACCAGGCAGAAAGGCUCCAGAAGACUCUGCCUGCUGGACGAUCUUUUGUUGCUAUGGAUACCAAGCAAAUCCCACAAAUCCUGCAGCAGAUUUUCACAUCUACAAUGUUGUCAAGUGCCUGAGGGUCCAGCAGUUCUUUCACCAUGCAAAAGGAGGAGAAUGGAUAUUAUGGAGUAAAGCCUGAGGAGGGAGCUGACCCAUCCUAGAGAAUUCUGCCAGGGUCCUGUCAGGCAAAAAUCAAAGGCAAGAGGGAGAGAGCAGGAACUGGUUGUUUAAGGAAUUUACCAAAUUAAUUUCAGACAUGUAACAUCUUGAUAAAUUUUUGAUUCCAUUGUUAUAAUCUCACCCAAUACUAAGUAAGCAAAAUUACCAUUAUUGGAUGCUUCUCAUUUAAUCUUUUAUAAAUGAGUGAAUAAUAAACCGUGAAGUUAGCAUU